AUAUGAGGAUUUUCUAUUUUUUUUUUUUUAACAUUUCAUUCCUUGGAUUUUUUUUUUAAGAGGCGGCGCUGAACGCGGUCCUUGCAGAGGGGGGCAGCACUUUCACUCCGGACCCCUACCUGGGAGCCCGAGCGCGACUCGAGCGCUGUCACAGCACCAGAAGCAGAUGUGCGAGUCGGGAGCAGCACGUUGGCGGCUGUGCGCGGCUCUUCCCGGCAAGGCUCUUUUGCAUUUCAAGGAGAGAAGUCUAAGUGAUUUUUACCCAGGGGAGGAAUAAUGUAGAUCCUAACCUUUUCUUAUACUUCCAGGUCCCCACGUCUCAGUGGUCUCAGUGGUGCAUCAGGAGGGUUACGAUGGGAAUGAAUGGAAGAGCCUGGAGGAGCCUGUUAAAGUACCGCUUCUGCCUGGAAGAGCUUCCCUUAGAAGUGGGAGAGCUGUCUGCGGUGGCUGUUGACUCUAAGGAGCGGGACACGUUUUAGACGGAAAUGGACGACAGCCGCGCAGGGCGGCCCAGACGCACGCUUCCUGUGGUCUAGUCCAGGAAGCCCUUCCGAGGGGACCGUGACGCUCUGGGAUGUCGCGCAUGCUGGACGCAUGGCCUUCCGCUGAGUGACGAUGGUCCGCCGCGGGCUGCUGGGGUGGAUCUCUCGGGUGGUGGUUCUGCUGGUGCUGCUCUGCUGCGCCAUCUCCGUCCUCUACAUGUUGGCCUGCACCCCCAGGGGCGACGAGGAGCAGCUGGGGCUGCCCAGGGCCAACGGCCCCACGGGGAAAGAGGGCUACCAGGCCGUGCUGCAGGAGCGCGAGGAGCAGCACCGCAACUACGUGAGCAGCCUCAAGCGGCAGAUCGCGCAGCUCAAGGACGAGCUGCAGGGUCGCAGCGAGCAGCUCCGGAGCGGGCAGGACCAGGCCAGCGACCCUGCGGGCCUGCGCCCCGGUCCCGGUCCGGGUCCUGGUCCCAUGCAUAAGGCCCAGGCCGACCUGCUGGCUUUCCUGCGAGCCCAAGUGGACAAGGCCGAGGUGCACAGCGGCGUCAAGCUGGCCACCGAGUACGCAGCGGUGCCUUUCGACAGUUUCACCCUCCAGAAAGUGUACCAGCUGGAGACGGGCUUGACCCGCCACCCCGAGGAGAAGCCCGUGAGGAAAGACAAGCGCGACGAACUGGUGGAAGCUAUCGAGUCGGCCUUGGAGAGCCUGAACAGCCCUGGAGAGAACAGCCCAAAUCAGCGACCCUACACGGCCUCAGAUUUCAUAGAAGGGAUCUACAGGACAGAAAGGGACAAAGGCACUCUGUAUGAGCUCACCUUCAGAGGGGACAGCAAGCACGAGUUCAGGCGACUGGUCUUGUUUCGGCCCUUUGGCCCCAUCAUCAAAGUGAAGAAAGAGAAACUCAACAUGGCCAACACGCUCAUCAACGUCAUCGUGCCACUCGCCAAAAGGGUGGACAAGUUCCGGCAGUUCAUGCAGAACUUCAGGGAGAUGUGUAUCCAGCAGGAUGGGAGAAUUCACCUCACUGUUGUUUACUUUGGGAAAGAAGAAAUGAAUGAAGUCAAAGGGAUACUCGAAAACACUUCCAAAGCUGCCAACUUCAGGAACUUCACCUUCAUCCAGCUGAAUGGAGAGUUUUCCCGGGGAAAGGGACUGGAUGUGGGAGCCCGCUUCUGGAAGGGAAGCAACGUCCUUCUGUUUUUCUGUGACGUGGACAUCUACUUCACCUCUGAAUUCCUCAACACGUGCAGGCUGAACACACAGCCAGGGAAGAAGGUGUUUUACCCAGUCCUUUUCAGCCAGUACAAUCCUGGCAUAAUCUACGGCCAUCACGAUGCGGUCCCUCCCCUGGAACAGCAGCUGGUCAUAAAGAAGGAAACUGGAUUUUGGAGAGACUUCGGAUUUGGGAUGACUUGUCAGUAUCGGUCAGACUUCAUCAACAUAGGUGGAUUUGAUUUGGACAUCAAAGGCUGGGGUGGAGAGGACGUGCACCUGUACCGGAAGUAUCUCCACAGCAACCUCAUAGUGGUGCGGACGCCCGUGCGGGGACUCUUCCACCUCUGGCACGAGAAGCGCUGUAUGGACGAGCUGACCCCCGAGCAGUACAAGAUGUGCAUGCAGUCCAAGGCCAUGAACGAGGCGUCGCACGGGCAGCUGGGGAUGUUGGUCUUCCGGCAUGAGAUAGAGGCUCACCUUCGCAAACAGAAGACAAGCAGCAAAAAGACUUGAGCUCCUCCGGGGAUGGAUGGUGGGCGACAUUUUCUUUUCUCCUUUUGCAAUUCCCCCCAAAGAGUGGCUGCACAAGGAAGAGACUUCCAUAAAGGAUGAAAGAAAGAAUCUGAUGAGCAAAAGAGACCGGAGGAGAAAGCCUUUCAUUUCUCUCUUUGGCUUUAUGCAACAGGAAUUCCAAUCACUACUUUGCCUGCAAAUGUAGCCCAGAUGCACCCCGAGAAGUGUCUGACAAAGGCAGAAUGGUUACGAGAAGAGAAGCCUGCUGGUGUGGAGGUUCUGAUGAUGUUUACAACAAAAUGAGAUCUGUUGUUUUCUCUGCUCAUUGAAAUAUUCAGGAAUGAAGCCCACUUUUGUAGAAAAGUUUAUUAGAAUGAAAGACAGGCACAUUUCUCCUCGUAUGAAUGAUUACACCAGUCAGGCUCUAGUUUUUAGGGAGGCUGGAAUAUUGGAAGGCAGCAGAGGAGACCUUGUGAAAUGUGGAUCUCUGCUCUCCCUUAUGCGAACAGUGAGCAAGAUCAAAGGAACCAGAGGAGAAACCAUAAAUAUCAUAUCAAUCCCCCUCAAGAGUAACCCCAAAUAAUCUUUUGGAUGUCCUUUUAACCAUUUCUGUUUAUUUUUUAUUUACAAAUGCACUUUUUUUUUUUUUGCUUGCAAGUUAUACUCUGCUAAUUUAAUUACCGACUUGCAAGCCUUACUAAGGAAGCACAAGGUAGCAUAUGUUACGUUUUCGAGAAGAUAUUUUGAGAUGCAUUAGGAGAACUUUUCAGUUCAGAGAUUGACAACACAUCCAGGGACUUCAGAUGCGGGUCCUGUCGGGCAUGGGGCGGCAGGCCUUGAGACAUUGGGAAGGCCUGGUCUGGGGCUACUGAGAGAAAGAGGCAUAAAUUUUAUCAGAAGAGUAUAUCCUAAGAGGAGCAACUGAACACUGGAGGAAAACUGAAGGACACUUUCACCAUAAUGGAAAAGGAAACUCACUGAGACUCAUGAUAUCUUGGGAUAUCUAAAAGUCAGAGGACACAUUUCCUCCUCAGGGGAAAUGGGGACCACUUUCUUACCUGUUUCAAUAAACCAAAGUUGUGAACCAAACAAUCUCUUUUCAAAGCAGGGUGCUUUUCCUGGUUUCUGGAUUCCAUAAGAAGAAAUACAGAAAUAUAUAUUUUGUGAAAGAUCAAUCCAUCUGCCAGAACCCAGCGAGAUGGAAGUUUUUGCUACAUGUUCACUCACUACUCCGGGGCUAGGUGGAAGUCACUUAAUUAUUUUUAAAAUUAAGCAGUUCUACCCAAUCACCAAGAUGCUUCUGGAAAUUGCAUUUGAUUACAGUUUCAAACCAUUUUUAAAAAAUAAAUACAGUUAACAUUGAGUGGUUUCUACAUCCAUGUGAGAAUUAUUUAUUUAUUAGCCAGCACCAGAUGCAUGAGCUAAUUAUCUCUCUGAUUCCUUGCCUUCUGUUUGCCCACAGUAAACUCAUUGUUUAAAGGCUUCAAGAACAUUCAAGCUGUUAGUGUGUUUAAAAAAAAAUUGUAUUGAUUUGUACUGGUAGUUCAUAAAAUUUCAUGAAAACACAAGAUAUGAAUGGAAGGUGGCAUUGAACAGCUAAUAAAACACAACUUGUGGAUUUGA